AUCACAGAGCAUAGUAGUUUUAAAGCUCUCGCAACAAUUACUCUGCCAUGGCAUCCUCUUCCCUGAGCUUCACCGUCCGCCGGCAAGAGCCCAUUCUGGUGGCCCCUGCAUCCGCCACCCCUCACGAAUUCAAGCGCCUCUCCGACGUGGACGACCAGGAUGGGCUGCGGUUCCACAUCCCGGUGAUCCAAUUCUACGGCAAUCACCCUUCGAUGGCAGGACGCGACCCCGGGAAGGUGAUCCGGGAAGCCCUGUCCAGAGCGCUCGUCUUCUACUACCCUUUCGCCGGCCGGCUGAGGGAGACGGAGGGGAGGAAGUUGGUGGUGGAGUGCACCGGGGAGGGCGUGUUGUUCGUCGAGGCCGACGCGGAUGUCAGUCUCGAGCAGUUCGGCGACGCCCUGCAACCGCCCUUCCCCUGUUUGGAGGAGCUCAUCUGGAACGUCCCUGGCUCCGACGGCGUCCUCGAUUGCCCGUUGCUCUUGAUCCAGAUCACGCGCUUGCUCUGCGGCGGCUUCGUCUUCGCGCUCCGCCUCAACCACACUAUGUCUGACGCGCCCGGCCUCGUCCAGUUCAUGAACGCCGUUGCAGAGCUGGCUCGAGGGGCGGCCGUUCCAUCCUUGGCUCCGGUGUGGGCGCGUGAGAUACUGGAGGCGCGGCAACCUCCCAAGGUCACGUGCCUUCUCCGUGAGUAUGAAGACGUCGCCGGCACCAUCGUCCCCUUCGACGAUAUGGUGCACCACUCCUUCUUCUUCGGCGAGGCCGAGGUGGCUGCGCUCCGGAAGCGCGUGCCGCCGCACCUCCGCAACAGCUCCACCUUCGAGAUCCUUACCGCCUGCCUCUGGAAGUGCCGCACCGUCGCCAUCGGGGCUGCCGCCGACGAGGAGGUCCGGAUGAUCUGCAUUGUCAACGCCCGCGGCAAGGCCGGCCUGGACCUCCCGGCAGGGUACUACGGGAACGCCUUCGCGUUCUCGGUGGCGGUGUCUACGGUGGGAAAGCUGAGCGCCAACCCCAUCGGCUACGCGCUGGACCUGAUCAAGAAGGCCAAGUCGAGGGUUACCGACGAGUACAUGAGGUCGCUGGCGGACCUGAUGGUGCUGCGGGGGCGGCCCCACUUCACGGUGGUGCGGUCGUACCUGGUCUCCGACGUGACUCGAGCAGGGUUCGAGGACGUGGACUUCGGGUGGGGGAAGGCGGCCUACGGAGGUCCGGCAAAGGGCGGCGUCGGAGCCAUCCCCGGAGUGGCGAGCUUCUACAUACCUUUCAGGAACGGGAUCGUUGUUCCAGUGUGUUUACCAGGCCCCGCCAUGGACAAGUUGGUACAAGCAAUGAAUAGAAUGAUCGGGGAAGACUACAAUGACGCAAAGGACCAACAGCCACAUGGCAAUACCUUCAUUGCCUCUGCACUUUGAGCUCAAUUAUUUUCAUGGAUCUAAUGAUCAGAUAAAAACUACGGAUUUAGUAUUUAUUGCUGAAUGAUGAUGGCAGGAACAAUGUCAGUGUUCGGCAGAUAAUAAAUUGAAACAAUUAAAUAACUCGUUUUGGCUAGGGUGAAGUCUGAAUAUCUGAAUGAUGAACAGUUGCUAUCUCAUCUGUUUGAUAGUAAUAACUAAAGAGAUGAAAUGUCCGACACUGAUUAUUUUUUAAUACGAAAUAUGAAAUGAAAUGAAAUGUAUGGGGAAGGAGAUUUUGUUUCAGGAGUUGCGUUUGAUGAAGAAAUUGUGUUGGAGAUUGUAUCUCUAGAUUGAGAUCAUGGAAUAAUUCAGUGUGGACUUGUUUU